GCCUUCCCGAGCCGCAGCAGCUACGUGGAGUACGUGCAGGGGAACUUGGUGCGGGGCAUGCGGGUGCGCAUGCUGGAGGACUACGAGCAGGUCAGCGCUGGGGACGAGGGCGAGUUCCGCCAGAGCAACGACGGCACGCCGCCCGUCCAGGUUUAUUGGCAGGCGCUGGGCCGCACCUACUGGGUGCACUGGCACAUGGUGGAGAUUGUCAGUUCGUCGGGCCAGGCGGAGCGGGAGGCCCAGGAAAAGGUGUCCAGCCUGACGGAGAACCUGAAACUGACCACUGUGACCCAGACGUUUUACUGCAAGCCCCUUGGGGGGCUGUACUCCCUGCCCUACCUGACGGAGCGGCCGAGCGAGGACUCGGAGGCCCUGAGCCGGGCCGAGUGGUGGGAGCUGCUCUUCUUCGUGAAGAAGCUAGACCCGCACGAGCAGCAGGAGAUCGUCCAGCUCAUCCGGCAGCACCAGGAG